GUCACCCGGAAGAGAGGAGUGUCGGUGUGUGUGUGUGAGGAUUGUUUACAUUUUCUGUAGCCCGUGAAAAUGAAUCCACCGAUGAUCAACUCGACCAGCUCCGUUUCUACGACCAAAAGGAAACGAGAAGCUGAGCGCUCGAUUAACUGGACAGUGGAGGAAACUCAGGUGCUGCUGUGUGCCUGGAGUGACGAGCGCAUCCAGAAGAGUUUGGCAGAAAACCUUCGCAACCGCCAUGUCUUCAAACACCUCUCAGCCCGCAUGAGUGAAAUGGGUUUCUCUCGGAGUCCACACCAGUGCCGUCUUCGGGUCAAAACUCUGAAGGCUAACUAUGGGAGAGCCAAGCUACAGAGGAGCAUUGACAGCUCGCAGCCUUGCACUUUUAAAUAUUUUGCCGAGAUGGAUGCUGUGUUGGGCCGGAGGUCAGUGGGAGGGGAAGGAGGGCCCUAUUUUGUUUCUCCAGAAUGGACGGCAGAGCGUCACCUUGAAUCCCUCGACAGGACAGGAAGUAUCAAGCCAGAUUUAAAUUCUAAUACAGAGAUUAGUGGACACAAUUUUGGUUCUUUGGGGAGGACAGGAAGACAACGUUUGAGCUCUUUAGAGGAGAGAGGAGGCCUUCAGUCUUGGCAGCUUGACUCUGAAGUCAAGUUGGAGAACAGAGAAGAUUCCUCAGAUGAGUUUGAGUUCAGCGAUACAGGAUUCCCACAGCGACACCAUGAAGUUCAUCUGGAAUCAUCCAUCCAUCGUGAAAUGAGUGGUACUCUAGUGGAAAACAGCGUGGAAAACAGCUUGAGCCCUCCUUCCCCACAUGUAGUACCACCUCCACCGGCCCCUCCCCCUCCUACCCAAUCCACUGCCUCUCCUCUCCCUGCACCCCCAGAUCCAAGCUCCAACACCCUCCCCACCUCUGGCCACCAUCACGCCGAGUCCACCUGCCUGGAACCCACCCUCAAGCACCUGACGGAGUGCUUCCAGCGGCUGGUGUCCGAGACACGGGGCCUGCUGGUGCAGCUGGAGAGCCAGCGGCAGGAGCAGGCUCGCUGGCAUCAGGACCUCCUGGCCCAGUGGCUGCAGAGGGAGGAGCGCCGGCAGAGAGAGACGGCUGAGAGGGACGAGAGGAGGGAGAAAGCUCGCAUGGAGCAUGAGAUCAGAGUCCUGGAGCUCCUCACCAGUCUAGCCAGAGAACACGGUUGUAAAUAUGGAGGCAGUCAGACUGUAGCGGAAGCACCAACUGGUCCCAAUCAUACCAUGAACAAAGGCGGAAAUUAGGAUGCACUCACACCAAGGAUCUCUUUUUACAGUGGAAUGGUAUUCAACCUCAGGUAGACCCAAAUAACAGAACUGAUAAUGCAAAGAGACACAUUCAGGACGGCUUAGUUUAGGCCUUAAACUUGAGUCAUAUGGAGGGAAAUUUCAAUUGAACCAAAUUCAGGGAAAACCCCUCAAAAUCCAAGAGUCUGUGAGUAUAAAAAGAUCAUUGUUGACUGACAGUUGUGCUCAGAAAGCUUAGAAGAUGAAACUAUAGUUGAAGUGUGAAGGAGAAUUUGUUCUUCUCUGUUUUCUGUCACAACAUACAGUGGACAUAAAAAGUGAGGAAGAGAAGAGAGAGGAAGUGAUUCGUUACUGUUGUUGCUAUUAUCGGGAUUCCGAUUGGCUAACGUGGGCUUGAGCUUCUCGUUAAACUGCCACCUACAGGUCUGGCAUGCUCUUGACUGCAUU